AUGGAGCCCAAGACCAUGAGCAGAUACACCAGCCCAGUGAACCCAGCUGUCUUCCCCCAUCUGACCAUGGUGCUUUUGGCCAUUGGUAUGUUCUUCACUCUCUGGUUCUUCAUUUAUGAGGUUACCUCCACCAAGUACACUCGGGAUAUCUACAAAGAGCUCCUCAUCUCAUCAGUGGCCUCACUCUUCAUGGGCUUUGGAGUCCUCUUCCUGCUGCUCUGGGUUGGCAUCUGUGUGUGAGCUCCCAAGGGUACC